AUGGAGGUAGUGCUGAUCUUUCUAUGCAGCCUGUUGGCCCACAUUGUCCUGGCCGGUGCAGUUGAGAGGGAGAAGGAAAUUGACCCUUUUCAUUAUGACUACCAGACCCUGAGGAUUAGGGGGUUGGUAUGUGCUGUGGUCCUCUUCUCCACUGGGAUCCUCCUUAUCCUAGGUUGCAGAUGCAAGUGCAGUUUCAAUCAGAAGCCCGGGACCCCAGGAGAGGAGGAAGCCCAGGUGGAGAACCUCAUCACUGCAAAUGCAACAAAGCUCCAGAAAGCAGAGAGCUGAACGAAGUGCAGCCCUCCAGUGGGAAGCCUCUGGAACCUGAAGGCAGCCGCUUGAACUUUUAGAUGCAAAUGUUGAUGCUUAAGAAAACAGCCACUUCAGCAACAAAUCUUUCCCCAAGAGAAGCCAAUAACUUGUGUGUCCCCCCACGCCCUUCCCUGUCCCUUCUAAACACCAUUCCUCCACCUGAUGA